CGCACUGGCACCUUCAUUGCCCUGGACCGGCUGGAGUUGGUUUAGGAGAAGAUGGUGGACAUUUUUGGUGUGGUUUACGCCCUGCGGAUGAACCGUUACCUGAUGAUUCAGACUCUGUCCCAGUAUAUUUUCUUGCACAGCUGCAUCCUGGAAAGGAUUUUGGAGGAACCACUCCUGGGUUUAUCAGGGACAGAGAGGUCCUGCCCUAUCCCACUGAAAAGCUUUGCUGAGCACUACGCCCAGAAGGCAGCCAAGUCCCACAUGGGCUUCCUGAGGGAGUAUGAGACCCUUCUAGAGGUUGUCAAGGAAGAAGCCAGCUCUGCAACACCAUCUUCAGGCAACCAGCAGACACGACCCACUUCCAGCAUCCUCCCAUAUGAUCGCUCCAGAGUGAAGUUUUCCCUGCUGGAACAGAGUCCUUUCUCAGGUCACCUGCAGGUCUGGCGUGUCCCGGGCUGCAGCUCCAGCAGGGAGUAUCUGGCUGUCCAGGGGCCUGACAAGUUGACCAUGGAGGACUUCUGGACCCUGGUGUGGGAACAGGACAUUCACACCAUCCUAACACUUCUCCCAUGGCAGGAGAAGGGCGAGGUCCCAAGUGAGGCGUGCUGGCCCCUGGAAGGGGACACUCUCUGCACAAAGAUGCUGACCAUCCAGUGUGGCACAGAGAAGCUUGUCUCCGGAUGGAGGUGUAUCCAGCUCAAAAUGAAACACGAGAAGAAAGCAAGGGAGAGGCAGAUGCAACGGUUCCUAUACACGCUCUGGAGCAGCAAGAAGCAGCCAGAUGUCCAGAGUCUGGUGGAGCUCCUCACUGCUGUCAGACGGUGCACGCCCCUGAGCCGGUCCUCUCCUGCUGCACUGCAG